CUCAGGCUCACACAGCCCCUCUGCUUUCCUCACCUUACACAUAACGUUUGAGGGUCCAAUACCCCACACGUGUUCCUGGGAAUAUUUCCCUGCUGGGCUUUGUCCCAGCAUUCCUAAAACCACAGCUCCUCUGGCAUGGUAAAGCCCAUGAUUGAAUUCCACCUUCCUGCCCCAGCCAAGUUCUCUGCUUUGCCCUUCUAAGGAGCUUUUUGGGCUGGCCACUUGUUUUCCUUCCUCUCCCCAGCCUUUGGGCUGUGUGGAGCUGAGCCUGCACCGCUUCCACAGAGCUGGAUUGGGCCACGGUGACGGGAACCAGCGGUUUCCUAAAGCUCCACGUGUGGAGUCAUGGGAUGGGAUUUCUGGGCCUGUAUCUGCAGAGUGCAGCCCCCUCCCCCUGAGCUGGGGGGCAGAGCCAAGAAUAAGAAACCAAACCCGGAUUGUUUUUCCUGACUCCAAGUGUUUGCAUUCCUGGGAUGGAUGAACUCGUGUUUCCAGCUCUGCUGAGCCCCGGCUGCCUGUGAUCCCCGCAGGGCCCUUGCCAUGGACCGGAGUCACGCUCAGCAGGCGCGUGAUGAGCAAAGGGAGAGGGUUCUGGGGGGGGAAGUGUCACCCCCCGGUGCAGAGCAAGGCUGGAGGAGCUGGCACAGAGCAGGAUCUGGCAGUGUUGAUCUGGGAGAGGAGCCCGGCAGUGCCUGGCAGCCAGUCCUGCUCACGGCAUGGAUGGAGCCAUGGAUGGGCUUCAUGGGCUGCUUUAACCAGCGGGAGACAGGAGUCCUACAGACACGUCCAGGCUUGUGCUGGGGGAGCUGUGGGUUCUGCCUGCAGAGGUGAUGGGAGUGCUGGGGCUGUGCUGCUGCCUGCACCUCCUGAGGCACAGAUUGAUUCCUGGCCUGGUUUCCUCUGGGGACCCUGUGUGUGCCUUUCCUGCCACUGCCUUCACAUGGGGAUCUCCCCAAACACCUGGCUGUGAUGGGGAUCCUGGGUGGAGGAUCCAGCCCUGACAGGGGGAAUGAUCUCCUGCCUGUUCAAGCCAGGUAAUGACAUAGCCCUGAGGAAGCUCAGCGAGCUGCAGGUGGGAGAGAAGUGCUGUGUGGUGGGGACGCUCUUCAAGGCCAUGCAGCUGCAGCCCUCCAUCCUGCAGGAGAUCAGCGAGGAGCACAACCUGGUGCCGCAGCUGCCCCGGCCCAAGUACAUCGACCCCUCCGACGAGCUGAUCCUGGAGGAUGAGCUGCAGCGGAUCAAGCUGGAAGGAGCUGUCGAUGUGCAGAGGCUGGUGACAGGGACCAUCUUUGCUGUGUACGGCUACGAGCAGGACAACGGGAAGUUCCUGGUGGAGGAUCACUGCUUUGCCAGCCUGGCCCCAGCACUGCCCCGCAACGGGCCCAGCUCUGACCGGUUUGUGCUGCUGGCAUCGGGGCUGGGGCUGGGCAGUGGCAGUGGAGAGUCCCUGCUGAGCACCCAACUGCUGCUGGACGUGGUCACGGGGCAGUUGGGUGCUGAGGGCCAGCAGAGCUGUGCUGCACACAUCUCCCGUGUCAUCCUGGCUGGGAACAUGUUGAGCCAGAACACCCAGAGCCGGGACACCCUCAACAAGGCCAAGUACUUGACCAAGAAGACGCAGGCAGCGAGUGUGGAGGCCAUGAAGAUGCUGGAUGAGAUCCUGCUGCAGCUUUGUAGCUCGGUGCCUGUGGAUGUGAUGCCCGGUGAGUUUGACCCCACCAACUACAUGCUGCCGCAGCAGCCGCUGCACCACUGCAUGCUGCCCCUCUCCAGCACCUAUGCCACGCUGCGCCUGGUCACCAACCCCUACCAGGCUGAUGUGGAUGGCAUCAGGUUUUUGGGGACGUCGGGACAAAAUGUCAGUGACAUCUUCAAGUACAGCAGCAUGGAUGACUACCUGGAAAUCCUGGAAUGGACACUGCUGGCAGGACACAUGAGCCCCACAGCGCCGGACACGCUGGGCUGCUACCCCUUCUACGACGUGGACCCGUUCAUCAUCACCGAGUGCCCACACGUCUACUUCUGUGGCAACGCUCCCCGCUUCCAGUCCAAGCUGCUCACAGGGGAGGAGGGGCAGCAGGUCCUGCUGGUGACAGUGCCCACCUUCAGCACCACACAGACCGCCUGCCUCAUCAACCUGCGCGAUCUCAGCUGCCAGCCCAUCUCCUUCUCUGGCUUUGGGGCUGAGGAUGAUGAUGGGGACAUGGAGGUCAAGCACUGACCCAGCAGGCAUGGACUCAAUAAACCCCUCAGAGCAUACCAGCGCCUGCCACCUUUGUGUCAUUCCCAGUUAUCCUCCUGGGAGCACUGGCAUGGAGCUGCUGAUUCCAAAGGAGAUUCUCUUACCAAUAUAA